AUGAGUGCAUCAAAAGAAGAUUUAAUUAAAAAACUCGAAAAAACAAGACUAAGCAAGGUUUCUAUUGUAAAAUCCAAGGAUAAAUACGACGAAGAGAAGGAUAUUCUUGUCUCCAAAAUUGGAGGAAUCCCUUACUGGCCCAAGGAAAAAGAGUAUCCGACUUACACACAAGGAAAUGCUAAGCUAUUGGCCCAAUUAAAUUUGGAUGAAAUUCUGAAACAAGUAGACUUGAAAAAAAUCUCACCCUAUUAUCCCACUAGGGGUGUUUUGCAAUUCUUCCUUUCUGAAGGAGAUGCCAUGUACGGUAUGAUGGAUGGUGUCUUAGUUAUUUAUCAUGCAGACACAAAUCAAGAACAUUCAUUAACAGAAAAUCAAAUUAAGACGAACUUGGAGUUGUAUGAAAUGCCAUACGAAAAAUCAGUAAGGCUUGAUUUUGUUGAAUCUGAUGAAUUAUUUGGGCUUUAUGAUAAAGUACACCCAGAAUUUGAUGCUAUAUAUGAAGUUUCGGAAGAUUUAUUGAAUGAAAUCGAAAAUGAUGGUAUAAUUAACAAUAAUGGUUCAAAGUUAGGUGGCUAUAGCUUUUUUACGCAAAAUGAUCCUUUAGAAGAUCAAGAGAUCGAAGAUAAGAUUAUUUUACUUUUACAAUUAGACUCAGAUGAUGAACUUAAACUAUUGUGGGGUGACAGUGGUGUUGCAACAUGGCGUAUAGAACAGGAAAUGCUCAAAAAUCUCGACUUCAGCAACAUUCAUUAUACUUGGGAUUGUUUUUAG